AUGCAGACAAAGUUCACCUGUGGCAGUCCUCUGCCAAAAUUAGCAAGGAAGAUGAAGCUGACAAUCAGCAUCUUCCUGUUUCUGGGACUACUGUGGGUAGUACAUGCAGGCUAUCCUCGGCUUCAUUUCGCUGGGAACUUCCUUGCCGACACCCCAACUCUCAACAAUGACCCUGUCAACUUCAACAUCAACACCUUUAAUGCAAGCCGGAAUCCACCAUGCUACAUCAACUACACCGGGGAUUGUGACUGGAACCCAAAUGGCAGUGGUGACUUCCGGUUUGUCAACUGUUCUGUCACCAAAGUCUGCUACAAGGACGGGAAGUGCUCCCAAGGUGACCCUCUGGUCGGCAAACGAAUCAUCGGAAGUGACGACACUGUGGCAGGCAAGAUAGUAGACCUGGACCCUUUCAUCGAGUUAGUAACCACACAGCUGUGGGGCCUGGUUGUCGGGGUAGAGGAUGCUUUUCAAGGCAAGUUCAAGACAAACACAGUAAUGGACAUAUGGCAACGAUGUAAGAAGCCUUGGUGUCCUGGGGACCCUAGGCCUGGAAGAUCUGGUUACUGGAGCUCCAUCCUAACAGAUGUGACAUGGAUGGAUGUGGAUAUAGGCUCCACAUUUAUCAACGAGCUUAGGUAUAGUCAGCAAGGCAAUGGCAUCUUAAACAUCAAGUUCACUGUAGAUCUGAUGCAGGAAGACUCUAGGAGGCCUAACUAUACCCUUGGACGGGUUGUUGGAACCAUUUCGGCUGUGGAUGGCAGUCUGGAUCCAGAGCAAUAUAUACCUGAGUUCAACAGAAUGAUGUGGUGGCAGGGUCCUCAGUGGCUCUCACCAAACGUGCCGCGAGAAUCACCAGAGAACAGUACCUACUGGAAUGCACCGUUUUAUGUGGACGAUGUGAGCAAGAAAGUCGUUGUGGACCUCAGCAACAGUCUACCAACCAACCUGGAGGGCGACCUUCUUGACCAAGGCUCUCUCUUCCUUGUUGUUCUUCAUCAGCAACCCUCGUCUUUAACAAUCGUGGAAGGAAGGAUCAUGGACUGUAACACUCUCCUGGCACCAUGUUGCACUAAUUUGGGACGCAUUCCAUAUACUAACCCAGGGUUUUUAUUGAAGAACUCGGGUAUAGCAACUUUUUGCUUGAGACCACUAGCGCAAAAGUAUCCACUGAUGAUCGUGAGAGAGGAGAAAGUCUCCUGUCCGGAUUCUGAGGAUUGUCCAAAACAGUGCACACCCAUCCUUGUUGAGCGCCAAGAUGGACUGUACAUUGGUCCAGCAGGAGAUCGUGUUUUCCGAAUUCCACAGCCUAAAACUGAAAAUCCUCCCUCAAAACCUCACGGUGCAGGUGGUAUUUCGUGUUGGUCGUCAAAAGUAUUUGCUACACAAUUCGGGAAACCAAAAGCAGGUGUUGGGCUGAGUAUACAACCAUAUGAUAGACAGAACACAGGGGAGCCUGCAGAUGUAAUAGAUAUCAUUCGUGUUGACUGCAGUGGAUAUGCCAAGCCUAAUAAAACAAACGCGUACGGCAUAGCAGCUUUUACUUUCGUGAAUUACGAAGGAGGUCUUGACUGUAGCCGCCGACCACCUAAUAGACCUGCAUACUUGCUUGGCCAGUUGUACAUCUACAAAAUGACCUUGUCUGGUGACAAUUCUUUCCCUCCCAACCUCCUGACAUCAACACAUCUAUACUGUAAGAUCAACAAGAAAGAAAACUACACUUGGGACGAAGAUAUCUACCCGAUUCUCAAACUGUAUGAGAACCUUUACCCUGUUAUGAAACCACUUUUCAAUUUGGCCUCCAAAGAUGAAGUACAAGCCAAUUCCGAUCACUUGCAUUACGCUAUGAGUCUACCCAUAGAGAGUCCAAACCACAUGCCUGUCACCCGUGAUCUCUCCCCAGCAAAGAGAGACAUGAUCCUGGAGUGGCUAAAACCAAGUGAAGAAACCCCAGACACUGCUCAAGAUCUAGAGAUCAAUAACCAACUGGAAGUCAUAUUACCGUUUCUCCGUACAGCUCUUACGCUUGAAUGGGCGACAAUCCCUCCUUACCUGAGCGCCUACUACAGCAUCAAGGACGGCUACAACAAGGAAAUUGCAAUGCUUCUGAAGAGUAUUGUUAUAGAGGAGAUGACACACUUGUCGAUGGUGGCAAAUAUCCUUAAUUUUCUUGGAGAAGCCCCAAACUUUACAAACCAAACACUGUGGCCCAAGUAUCCAGGUAAGCUUCCCGGAGGGGUCAUGCCGAAUCUAACUGUGGGAUUGGCGAGGUUCUCUAAACAAGUCACCCAUGAUGUCUUCAUGGGUAUAGAGACGCCAGAAUGUGACCCUGAUCUUCUGGAAGUGCACAGGUUACUCUGGCAAAUUCCUCCUCGAGUACGCCCUGCUGAGAUUCCACAACAAUGCCAAAACAUUGAUAACAAUGCCAAUUGUGACCCAUUAUCGGUAAACAUAUUGCAAAAGUGCACUGAGUCAAACUACAAUAUGAGUACAAUCGGUGCUCUCUAUAUCCACAGAAUCUUAUGCCCCAUGAUCUACCUAUACAUGUCACAUCCAGGAGUCUUUGCCCCAAAAAAGGAAAACCUGGAUAAACAGGUGCCCAUACCAUUUUGCGUUCUUGACAUCUGCUCAGCAAUAGAGGGGAUCAAGUACAUCAUCGGGGAGGGCGAGGGUGGAGACCCAUGCAAUCCCUUCUUCGAAGAAGAGCUCAGCCACUACUACAAGUUUAAGGAGAUCUGGAAGGGGAAACAACUAGUUGCUGCCGUUGGAAAUUCCUCCCAAUCCUGCACUUCAGGAAGCUGUGACAACAACCCAGACGACCAGUCCCCUGAUACAGACCCUUUCACCCCAUGUAACGAUGUACAUUGUUCAAAGAAUUACACUUUCACUGGUCCAAUCAUACCGUUUAACGAAGAAGGAGUGUGGCCGACCCUUCCGAACCCCAGCACCUCGCACUACCCACCGGGAUCGAGGGCUCGCAUUCUGUCUGACAGCUUUAACCUGAAGUACACCAACCUGAUGACCUGUCUGCACGAGACUUUCAACGGCAAUCCUGGUCAGUUCAGCCAGUGUUACGCACUCAUGACAUCACUGACUGUAGACGCCAAGAGACUCGUUCAGACGAAUCUGACCGCCACAGACGAUGUAUAUGGUGCCCCGACUUUCGAGUGGUACUCUCGAGAUGGAAACAAUUAA